AUAAAGCAGUUCAUGCUGAGCUUUUUAUAGCAGCUACUGGUCCCAGCCAGAAUAAAGAUGUGAUGUUUCCCAAUCGACCCUUUUCUGCACGAUAUCUUGAAUUUAUGCCUACAGACUCAAAUGGUGCUUAUUUGUGUGUAAGAUUUGAACUCUAUGGAUGCCUCUAUGUCUGUGGACAGGGCCUUGGCAUUGAGCAUGGCAGUGCGCUUCCUUCAGGUUUUGCAAUGACGUCAUCUUCACAAUCCUCUGGACAAGGAGCGGUAUCAGGUCGUUUAAACAAUCCAUCUGCCGCUUGGUGUGCCUCGGGAACCACUAGCGAGUUUCUGCAAGUAGAUUUUGGGAAAAUCGUUACCGUCAGUGGAAUUGCAACUCAAGGUAGCCCUAGCUCUGCAUCUUGGGUCAAAUCUUUCUAUGUUGACUAUGGAACAACACUCAGCUCUCUUGUCACCUACCAAGAAAAUACUGGGAAUAAGCUUUUCAUUGGAAACUCUGAUCAGAACACGAUUGUUGUGAACUGGUUCCGUGUGCGGCUGCAAACGAGAUACGUGAAAAUAAAACCGAACACGUACAAUUCAGGUGUCUGUAUGCGAAUUGAGAUUCUUGGCUGCCACUCAGAUUCCGUAUAUGAAUUCGGUGCUGAAAACAGAGCUUUGCCAGACAACAGAUUCUCGGCUUAUGCAACUACAGAUUUUCUUGGAAUUGGUAGAUACAAAGCCAAGGAUGGUCGCUUAAACAAUGACAGACCAUGGGGAUGCAGCAGAACGGAAACCUCGUUUCUCUGGUUCAAAGUUGAUUUAGGCCGAGUUAUGCUGGUAACUGCUAUAUCCCUUCAGGGGGACAGAAAUUACGGCCCGAACUAUUUCCCUGACUUCAAAUUGCAGUAUACUUUGGAUUCAGCAAACACGCCAGGGAGUAAGAUAACCAUCAAAGAAGAAUACAACGUAACAGAAAAGGUGAGCUUCAAUAUAUGAUUAAGUUUUGAUCCUAGUGUGGCGAUAUACAGAACGAUCCAAUAUGCUGGUGAAAUGUACGUUCCACAUGGGCUCCAGCACAGGUGGGGAAGGGGGGUAGAGCAGGACAAGGGAAAAUUUAGCAUCCAUAGCAAACGAUUUUGAAAAAAGGCCUAUUGUUUUACAAAAAUGUGAGGGGUGGGAACGGUCACCUUUCCAUUGUCAUAACUUAGUUAGUUAUUGUCAUUUCAUUCGUUUUCAUAUCUAUUUUUCGUUUGCUUCUUUAC